CCGGCUGGUUCAAUUAAUCUUCAGGUUACCCCCGCUGCAGGCCUUCCGCAGCACGGUGUGGGUCCGGCCCAUGAGCUCGUCCUUGGCCCGGGCCUUGGCCCGCGAGCCGACGCAUCCCGCCCAGAGGCACGGCAGCGCGACGAGCCAGUAGGCGCAGAGGACCCGGGCGCCCGACCGCCCCCGGUCCGUGAGCAUCUCCGUCGCGCCGAAGCCGAGGAGCCCUGCGUGGCUCGCGUCGACGAGGGCCGCGAGCGACCUGCGCGGCACCGACCGGGGGUCCGCGCCGGCGCCGCGCGGCACGAUUCCGCGCGGCCGGGGACCCGCUCGCCGCGAGCACGAACAGCGCGGAGUGGCGCUGGUCGAACGGCACCGCGAGCGCGUAGAGGCUCCCGAGGCCGAGGCCGAGCCAGAGCGCGCCCUCGCGGCGCGUCGACUCCACCAAAUGGAAGAGCACGUCGGCGGCGUCGCGGCGCGCCGCCUUGGGCGCGGCCUGCACGGCGGCGUCGAGGAGCCGGUAGCACUCGUCCGUCGAGAAGGCGCGCCGGACGUCGGGGUGCCGCGUCCAGUUGCACGCGUCGAGCAGAUGCCGCGGGAGCAGCGUCGCGGCCGCGCCCACGAGCGCCACGAGCCCGAGACCCAGCGUCGAGGCCGCGGCGGCCAGCUUGGCGGUCUUCGCGGCCUUCUUCGCGGCGGUCGCGGCCGUGGCGGCGCCCCGCGGGGCGUUCAUUGGAUCUGCCGGCGGUAGGACGGCGGUGUGCUCGCACGCGAGCGGUCGGCGCAGCGGGGCAGCCGCGGGAGCGCGGAUCGGCGCGACACGCGAGCGGUCGGGGCAGCGGGGCAGCGGGGCAGCCCGCGGGAGCGCGGAUCAGCGCGACGCGAGCGCUAAGAGACUAAGUCUUGCUACCCCCGCCCGGGGCCCGGGCUGAUCCCGGGAGCUUUUUGAUCGAGAGGGUUCG